AUGGCCGAUGAUUAUUGUGAAAUCAGUGAAGAUGACAUUAAAGCAGCAAGACAAAUUGAAGAAGCACUUGAGAAUGAGAGCUUGACCUCAGCUGCAGGCAAGAUUCAAGAGUAUUUGAAGAAGAUUAGUGAUGUGCAGCUGAAUAUUGCUAUCACAGGGGAAUCUGGCUCUGGUAAAUCCACCUUCAUCAAUGUGCUCAGGGGCCUAGGGGAUGAAGAGGAAUUCUCUGCUCCAACUGGUGUGGUGGAGACCACUCAGAAGGCAACGCCUUACCAACACCCAAAACAUCAAAAUGUAAAAUUGUGGGAUCUUCCUGGUAUCGGCACCACAAAUUUCAAACCUGAGACAUACCUUCAGCAAGUUGGAUUUGAUUGCUAUGAUUUCUUCAUCAUAGUCUCGUCAGACCGUUUCAGAGUCAAUGAUGUUAACCUGGCCAAGAAGAUCCAGGAAAUGAAGAAGAGUUUCUACUUUGUACGCUCUAAGAUCGAUAGCAACAUAGAUGCAGAAAAAAAAAGGAAGAAGAAUUUUAACCAGGAUGAGACACUUCAAAAUAUCAGACAGAACUGUGUUGAAGGUUUGACAACACAUUGAUUGAGUACAGUAUAUACUGCAAAUGUACAUUACUGUCAAACAAAAAUUGGACAUUUCAUAUUUCAAAGCCACAAUCUGGAAUCUGUGUACUUCACAAUUGUUUUUUACAUAUUCAUUAUCUCCAGCACCAUGCCAGGGGCAUGUUUUUUGGAACAUUCAGAAAUAAAUAUGUUAUGUAGAACAAACAUGCCUCUCCGACAUGUGGGCUCUAUUCAUGGCAUUUCUAUAAUUGCAACGUUUAGCAAUAUUUGGCAACUGAACGUGGCCCAGUGUCCACAUAUAUUAAAAUCACUAUUUUUCUGUGUCUGUAGUCAAAAAAGAAAGAAAAUUACAUUUUUAGUUUUAAAUGUGAUUUUCAAAAACUCCAAUGAGUUUCCAGGGGGGAGGACCUUUUCUUCUUUUUGGGAUUAUAGAACAUAGAAAAGCGCUGUUUCACGUAUGUAGACACUGGUAUGAUGCUCAUCUGUGUGACUGUCCAAUUUGAACAUUUUUAAAAUCAGUGUAGUAGUUGUACUUUACGUUAUUUUCUUUGCUCCUCUUAGGACUUCGAGAUCAUGGUCAGGGGUUUCCUCAGGUCUUCCUCAUCUCCAGUUUUGAGCUACCUCUCUAUGAUUUCCCCAAUCUGGUGGAGACGAUGGAGAAGGAACUUCCUGAUCACAAGAGGCGUGUCCUGCUGCUAGCCUGA